UAACGCACACACAGUUCUGUGACCCCCUCACUUUGCAACACAAAUACCAUUCAAUCCACUCCUCUGCCACUCUCAACAGACCGCAUUCAACUGAGCAGGGUCUCUAAUCAGAGCUGACAUCAUAGAGAUUAGCUUCUGCCCUCCGAUUCCUGGUACAGGAACCUCAAUGCAAAUACGUACACACACACACACACACAAUGACAGAGCACAACGGUAUCAAUGGGAGCUUUGACCGCCCAUUCAGGCUGGGCCCUUGUUUCUCCUUCAUUUGAAUGAUACAUUGUAUCGGAACAGAGGCUGGUUACUAUUGAUAUAAGUGACACAGUUCCACAGACUGGAUGCAAAAACAUUGAACCUGGACUUGGCUUGACUACUGGUAGCCAGCUUUCGUUGCCAUAGAGACUAAUAAAGCAAAGUGGAGCUCUGAAUCAUAGAUGGGACAUCAAGAGGGGGAGAAAGUGUGAAGCAAGAAGCUUGUGUUUCCUUAGCUCUGUUCAGAGGGACUGUGUGGCUGUGCUUACUGGAAUACAUUAUACUAAAGUCACAGAUAAGAUGGGUGUGUGUGUGUGAGGGGGCAGGAUGCUGACGCAGAGGUCCAGACAGGGGCCACCCCCACUGGAGCGGCUGGAGUCGGUCAUGAGCCAGUUCUCAGACAGCCUGGACCAGUACGACCUGCCGGACGACACCGAUGAGCUGGACCUUGGCUGCCAUGCCGACCACUGUGAUGGAAAACAGAUGGAGUCCGGGAGCAUUCCUUUUCCCACCAUAUACAACUUGCUCCCCUUCAAGUCCAUGGACAGCGCUGUGUUUGUGGAGGAGGUGCCUGUAUUAGUGCGAGUGACGGAAGUGGAGCGCUUCACCUGUACAAGGGUGUUGAACCCUAACCUGUACACCAUUGAGCUGAGCCAUGGAGAGUUCACGUGGAAAAUCAAGCGGCGCUUCAAACACUUCCAGGCUCUCCACCAGGAGCUGCUCAAGUUCAGGGCCCUGCUCAAGAUCCCUCUGCCAAGCCGCAUACACUUGGUGAAACGGAGAUCGUUCAAAGGCCACAAGCACUUCCAGGGAGGCCAUAUUCCCACACUGCCUCGGAGGCCCGAUGCCCUGGUCAAAGAGGAGCAGCUCGUCAGCAGGAAGAUGCAGCUAGAGGACUAUCUGAGGAACAUAUUGAAAAGGUCUUUGUAUCGGAAUCAUCCAGCAACACUUGAAUUCCUGGAAGUAAGUCAGAUCUCAUUUAUCCAGGACCUGGGACCAAAGGGAAUUGAAGGCCUGAUAUUGAAGAAGUCUGGGGGCAAUACGUUUCCUGUGUGUUACUGGUGUGGCUCCAACAGCGUGUGCUAUCGCUGGUCCAAAAGAUGGCUGGUGGUAAAGGACUCUUUUCUGCUCUACAUGAGGCCUGAGGAUGGCCAGGUGGGGACCGUGAUCCUCUACGAUAAGGGCUUCCACAUCAAAAUCGGCACCCGCGAGACCGGAGUCAGGCACGGAGUCACCAUCGAGAAUCUCUGCAGGGCGCUCACCAUCAAGUGCUCCACGUACAGGCAGGCCCGUUGGUGGGGUCACUCCAUCGAUGAGUUCGCACAGAGGUAUGGGCAGGACUUCCUCAGGGAGAACCGACAUGGUUCCUUCGCCCCCGUCAGAGAGAACACUACAACACAGUGGUUUGUCAAUGCCGCUGGUUACUUUGAUGCCAUUGCGGAUGCCCUAGAAGGUGCCAAAGAGGAGAUCUUCAUCACAGCCUGGUGGUUGAGUCCAGAAAUCUUCCUGAAGAGGCCUGUUGUGGAUGGAAACUCCUGGAGGUUAGACUGUGUCUUAAAACGCAAAGCGGAACAAGGGGUGAAAAUCUGCGUUCUCCUCUACAAAGAGGUGGAAGUCAUCCUGGGCCUGAACAGCGAUUACACCAAGAGGACCCUGACUGGCCUUCACUCCAACAUCAGGGUCAUCCGCCACCCGGACCACGUGCCCUCCACAGCCUUGCUGUGGGCCCACCAUGAGAAGACGGUGGUGGUCGACCAGUCCCUGGCCUUCCUGGGGGGCAUUGACUUGGCCUACGGCCGCUGGGACGACUCCCAGCACCGGCUCACCGACGUGGGCAGUGUGCGGAGGAGCCCCCAGCCCAGCCCUGCCCUCUCCCCCACUAACGCCAACACCAACUGGCUCUCCACAGGGACACUCGGGGACAGGGACGAGGACCUGAGGGAUGGCCUGGUGCUGGUGGGGGGAGCGAUGCCCACCCCUGGACCCGACCCAUGGACAGGCGAGCCAGGUGCGGAGCAGGAGUCCGGUGGAGAGGCCAGCACUGGGGCAGGAGCAGGAGCUGGAGGUGCAGCAGGAGGUGCAGCAGGAGAUUGGGUGGAGGAGUUGAGUCUGAGGGUGCCCAGUCGCCUCCAGAGGGUCCCCUCAGAGGAGCACAGCAGCAGGAGUGGCCCGGAGGGAGCAGAGAGCAAGUUGGUGAGUGUGAGGGCUGGCGUGAUGUCCAGGCCGGUGCUGCCCAGAGACUGGUACAGUAAGAGUCUGUCUCUGCGCUCCAGUGAGUCGGGCUCCCUGGGCCUGGGUCUGCCCCACUCCCUCCCCCUGCCACAUGAGACCAGCUCAAUGAGAAGUUAUAUCAGCAAUAACGAGCUUUUCGGGGAAACCCGAUUCUGGCAUGGCAAAGACUACUGCAACUUUAUCCUCAAAGACUGGGUCAAGCUCAACAAGCCAUUUGAUGACUUCAUUGACAGGUACAAAACACCGCGAAUGCCGUGGCAUGAUAUUGGAGUCGCGGUGCAUGGAAAAGCGGCGAGAGACAUCGCCAGACAUUUCAUCCAGAGAUGGAAUUUCACCAAGUUGGUGAAGAAACGGUCAGGGGCCACCUGCUACCCGUGUCUGAUGCCCAAGUCCCUGUCCGGCCCCAUGGAGCCGCCCCCCUACAGAGGCCGACACACACAGGCCAGCGUGCAGGUACUGAGGUCAGUGUGCCAGUGGUCCAUCGGCACCAAGGUCCAUGAAGAGUCUAUUCACCUGGCCUACAUCUCAGCCAUACAGAACAGUAAACACUUCAUCUACAUCGAGAACCAGUUCUUCAUCAGCUGUGCUGACAAAAGCAUCCACAACAGCAUUGGAGACGCGCUCACUGAGAGAAUCCUCCGAGCAUACAGGGAGAAGAGGAGGUUCAGGGUGUACGUGGUGAUGCCGCUGCUGCCAGGCUUCGAGGGAGACAUCUCAUCAGGGGGGGGCCAGGCCAUCAAGGCAAUCAUGUACUUUAAUUACAGGACCAUGUGUCGUGGUGAGCACUCCAUCAUGGAGAGACUCAAACGUGUGAUGUCUGACUGCUGGAUCAACUAUAUCUCCUUCUGUGGUCUUCGCACCCACGCUGACCUGGAUGGCAGGCUGGUCACUGAGCUAAUCUACGUGCACAGCAAGCUCAUGAUCGUGGACGACUGCACUGUCAUCAUAGGCUCAGCCAACAUCAAUGACCGCAGCAUGCUGGGAAAGCGAGACAGUGAGAUGGCCAUAGUUGUGGAGGACUCUGAGUUUCAGCCCUCAGUCAUGGACGGAGAAACAUUCCAGGCGGGCAAGUUUGCUCUGUCCCUCCGAGAGGAGUGCUUCAGGCUGGUGCUGGGGUUGCUUGGGGACUACAGUGUGGAUAUCAGUGAUCCAGUCUGUGAGAGGUUCUAUAAAGAGAUAUGGAUGGUGACGGCAGCCAAGAAUGCCAGUGUGUAUGACAAGGUGUUCCGGUGCCUGCCCACAGAUGCAGUGCUGAACUAUAAGAUCCUGAGGGAGUACAUGUCCCGGCCCUGCCUGGCCCACGAAGACCCGCCACUGGCCUGCGAUGAGCUCCGCAAGGUCCGCGGCUUCCUGGUGCAGUUCCCCUUCUACUUCCUGUCUGAAGAGAACCUCUUCCCCUCUAUCAACUCCAAAGAGGGCAUGAUGCCCAUGGAGCUGUGGACAUAGCAUCAUGGGAAAUGUAGUCCUUUGAUGGGUUCAGUAAUGUUAUGUUGCACACUGCCAAAAGAAAAAAUCUACAUUCAUGCCAACACACUGAGACUUUCAAAGAAAGAUUUGGAAACACCUUAUGUCUACGUUCAAUUACAUUUUUCCUAUAAACCAGGCUAUGAUACAGACUACUAAUAUGGCAUCAUGGAAAUUAAACUACCUCUAAUCACAUUCUACUCAAAUGGUCUGCUCUGCAGUGCUGAAGCCUUACAUGCCCUUAAAGACCUUUACAAUGGACAGUUUCUCUCGAUUCACACAGCCAACAUAAGCUACCCAUUUUCCGUUUAUCCUACAUCUCUAUUUGAAAGCUGUUUCAGAAAUAAGCCUUGACCACAUGCUGUGUUUGUGAUACAGUUGUAUCUGUGAAAAAAGAUUUUCUGUCAAAAUAGUAAUUAUUUAUUGCUCUGUUUUAAUUAUUGUCUCAGACUAAAUU